UUAUAUUCAGUGUAAUAUUAUUUCAGUCAAAAUAGAUUCCCAAAAAAAUCGAUUACAUUUUAUUGAGUCCAUAAACCCAAAGAAGUCUUCAAAUCGGGUCAAGAUGCCGCGCAUUAAGCAAACCCCUCACCAACAAAUUAUUGGCAAGGCGCCACGCAAGCCGCUGGCACCGAAGGUGACCCGCAAGACGGCAGUCCCUGGGAUCGGGAUCCCCGAGUUGAGGAAACCCCAUCGCUAUCGACCCGGUGCAGUUGUGCUGCGUGAGAUACGUCGCUAUCAGAGGUCCUCGGAACUGCUCAUACAUAAGCAGCCCUUUCAGCGGGUGGUACGUCAAAUAACCCAAGAGUUUGGCUGUCGAAUGCGCAUCCAGCCGGCGGCCCUGGCUGCCAUGCAGGAGGCUGCCGAGGCCUAUCUGGUUGGGCUGUUCGAGGAGUCUAAUCUGUGUGCGCUGCAUGGCCAGCGAAAGACCCUUAUGCCCAAGGAUCUGUGGCUAGCUCAGCGUAUAAAGGGUGACAAAUAGUCGGGAAUAUUUGAAUAUUUCUUUGUUAGCUGUUUCGAAUGUUUUUAGUUUCUAGUUCAAAAUGUUUUCAACGAUUUUUAAAUUGUUCAAUGCUUUGUUAAGUUAUGAUUACAAAUUUUAUUUAGAGUUAAUAAAAUUGGGUAGUUACCAACUAUUCUAUGAGAGCAAUUACCGAUCCGCGCAAUACAUAGUCAAUUAUAGAAAUUUGAUACCAUAAAUUAAUUAUUUUUUAUAACUUUACUUUUGUAUGUGUUU